AUGCCACAAGCAUGCGCAACAAUCUUGUCCAGUGCAGCACGAAAUGGAGCAGUUCCAGGUGAGCCAGUGAAGAAGGAUGAAAAUUCUCGGAGAGGGAACUGGGGAAACCAAAUUGAGUUUGUCCUCACGAGUGUUGGCUAUGCUGUGGGCCUGGGUAAUGUUUGGAGGUUUCCAUACCUCUGCUACAGAAAUGGAGGAGGUGCCUUCAUGCUACCGUACUUUAUCAUGUUGGUGUUCUGUGGCAUUCCACUCUUCUUCCUUGAGUUGUCCUUCGGGCAGUUUGCCAGCCAGGGAUGUCUGGGUGUCUGGAAGAUUAGUCCAAUGUUCAAAGGUGUGGGCUAUGGCAUGAUGGUGGUGUCCACCUACAUCGGAAUCUAUUACAAUGUGGUUAUUUGCAUUGCCUUCUACUAUUUUUUUACAUCUAUGACAAAUUUAUUGCCAUGGACGUACUGCGACAACCCCUGGAAUACACCUGAUUGCAGUGGAGUUGUGUCUCAAAGCAACAACAGCAUGGCUAAUGCCACCCGCAGCAUGGUGGAUGGUGUCAAUGAGUUUGUGAACCGGACCAAAAGAACCAGCCCCAGUGAGGAAUACUGGAAACAUUAUGUAUUAAAUAUUUCUGAUGACAUUGGGAACUUCGGAGAAGUGCGCCUACCCAUCCUGGGAUGUCUGGCUGUAUCCUGGGUAGUCGUCUUCCUCUGCCUCAUCAGGGGUGUCAAAUCCUCUGGAAAGGUGGUUUACUUUACAGCCACAUUUCCAUAUGUUGUAUUGACCAUCCUGUUCAUCCGUGGGAUUACACUGGAUGGUGCCAUCAAUGGCAUCAUGUAUUACUUGACUCCUCAAUGGCAGAAGGUCCUCGAUGCAAAGGUGUGGGGGGAUGCUGCUUCACAGAUUUUCUACUCGCUGGGAUGUGCUUGGGGUGGUCUUAUCACUAUGGCUUCCUAUAACAAAUUCCACAACAAUUGUUUCAGAGACAGUAUCAUCAUCAGCAUAACCAACUGUGCAACCAGUGUCUAUGCUGGCUUUGUAAUUUUCUCCAUCCUGGGCUUCAUGGCACACCACCUCAACGUGCCUGUGUCAGAGGUAGCAGACCAUGGCCCAGGACUGGCAUUUGUAGCAUACCCGGAAGCCCUGACUCUGCUUCCCAUUUCUCCACUGUGGUCACUGCUCUUCUUCUUCAUGUUAAUCCUUCUAGGACUGGGAACUCAGUUCUGUUUGUUGGAGACGCUGGUGACAGCCAUUGUUGAUGAGAUAGGCACUGACUGGAUCAUCAGGAAUAAAACUGUAGUUACACUGUGUGUGGCUAUUGCUGGAUUCCUCCUAGGAGUUCCACUAACAACCCAGGCAGGAAUCUACUGGUUGCUACUGAUGGAUAACUAUGCUGCAAGUUUCUCUCUGGUUAUCAUCUCCUGCAUCAUGUGUGUCUGUGUCAUGUAUAUUUAUGGUCACAAUAACUACUUUAAAGAUGUUGAGAUGAUGUUAGGGUUCCCACCACCUCUCUUCUUCAAAGUCUGCUGGAGGUUCAUCUCCCCUGUCAUUAUCUCUUUCAUCCUGAUCUUCACAGUUAUCCAGUACAAGCCUAUCACCUAUAAUGACUAUGUGUAUCCUGGUUGGUCUCUGGCUAUUGGCUUCUCAAUGGCACUGUCCUCCGUGAUCUGCAUUCCCAUAUAUGCCCUCUACAAGAUCUCAAGGUCCCCCGGAGCCACCUUCAGAGAGCGGUUGAAGCAUGCCUGUCAGGCGCAUCCCAAGUGGGGCCCGGCUCUAAGAGAGCACCGCACAGGCCGUUACGCCCCCACAGCAUCUGAAGACAGUGCAGAGGCUCGUCCAUUCAAGGAAAAGGAAGAGCUCAAAGAAGAGCUGAGGGAGGAGGAGAAUGAGAGGAAGGGUGACAUCAGCCUCACCAUCCAGGGAAGCAAUGGCUCCACCAACACACACAACAACCCAAAUCCAAGUGCAUAG